AUGCCAGAUCAUCGUUCGUAUCAAGAUCCAUUUUAUGGAUGGACAACACCAAAAGCAAUAUCUUUAUGUGUACAUGCACUUAAAGACUGUAGUUCAUUACCAUUUGAUUCAAUUAAAAAACUUAUUUCUUUGAGUGAAACACAAAUUCUAAAUGAAGAAACAACACCAUCAUCUCUUGAAAUUUUAACAAAAAUGUCUAAGAAAUAUUCUGUUUCAAUCGAACAAUUAAUUCUUAUUUUUAAUGGUUUUGUUCAUGUAAUACGUUUAGCAUUAAAACCACCUGCAGCAUUUCUUAAAUCCGAUACAUUCAAAGAUGAUUUACGUGAUUUAAAAUUUUCCGAACAAAUAAUUGAAGAAUUUCAUAAUAUUCUUUUUGGUGCUAAACGUGAUCAAUUGUAUAAUGUUAUUCAAGAACGUGAUCGUCCACGUCUUCCAUUACUUCAAACAUUUGAUUGGAAUCUUGAUGUUACUCUAACUACAGCAUCUUUAUCACGAUGUAUUGAACCAUUGCUUCUCUUUCAAUUUCGUACAACUGAUAAUCGAAAUUUAUCAUUUGAAGUUCCAAUAAAAAAAUUUAAUGAAUUACGUUAUAAUACAGCAUUAUUACUUAAAGAAAUGGAAGAAGUUGAUGGAAAGCAAGCAUUGAAAUUACUUGAAACAUAA